AUCAUAUUCUAUCCAAAACCUAUCACAAUGGAAGUCAGCCUUCUUUUCUUUCUUCUAACCCGUUUCUUUAUGACCUCAGAAUCAGUUAGUAGGCUUGAUUUCCCAGAUGGGUUCGUCUUUGGAACUGCUUCUUCGGCCUUCCAGUUUGAAGGAGCUGUUAAAGAAGGAAACAAGGGAGUUAGUAUAUGGGAUACUUUUGCAAGGCAGCCGGGAAGAAUAUUAGAUUUCAGCAAUCCAGAGAUGGCAGUCGAUCAGUAUCAUCGAUUUAAGAGUGACAUAGACUUGAUGAGGGAUUUGGGAAUGGAUGCUUACAGACUCUCAAUAUCAUGGUCAAGAAUCUUUCCAAAUGGAACAGGAGAACCUAAUCCAGAAGGAAUAAACUACUACAACGGCUUCAUAGACGCUUUAUUGGAAAAAGGAGUCCAGCCUUAUGUAACUCUAUAUCACUGGGAUCUUCCACAGAAGCUAGAAGAUGAAUAUGAAGGAUGGUUGAGCACACAAAUAGUAAAAGACUUUGAAUAUUUUGCCUAUACUUGCUUCCAAGCUUUUGGAGAUAGAGUAAAGAACUGGAUGGCGGAUAACUGGAUCACCUUCAACGAACCUCGUGGUUACUCAAUCCAAGGAUAUGACUUGGGCAUUCAAGCUCCUGGAAGAUGUUCUCUUCUUGGUCAUCUGUUGUGCAAAAUGGGAAAAUCAUCCACGGAACCAUACAUUGUCGCUCACAAUAUCCUCUUGUCUCAUGCUGCCGCUUAUCAUAGUUACAACCUGCAUUUUAAGGAAAGGCAAGGAGGUCAAAUAGGAAUAGCACUAGAUACCAAAUGGUAUGAACCCAUAUCUGAGAGUGAUGAGGAUAAAGAUGCAGCACGUAGAGCAAUAGAUUUUGGGCUUGGAUGGUUCCUCGAUCCACUUAUAUUUGGGGAAUACCCUCUUUCAAUGAGGAAGCUUGUAGGUGGGAGAUUACCAAACAUUUCGAGUGCAGUCUCAAAACUCCUAGUGGGAUCCUUCGACUUUGUUGGCAUAAACCACUACACCACACUGUAUGCCCGAAACGACAGAACUCGGAUUCGAAAAUUGAUACUGCAAGAUGCUUCAUCUGAUACUGCAGUCAUUGCAUCCCCAUACCGAAGUGGGGUUGCCAUUGGAGAAAGAGCAGCUUCCCGUUGGCUACAUAUAGUUCCAUGGGGCAUCCGAAAGUUGGCAAGGUAUGUGAAAGAUAAGUACAGGAACCCCCCAGUGAUUAUAACAGAAAAUGGGAUGGAUGAUCCAAAUAAAGCUUCUAUAGCUAUAGACAAAGCUUUAAAGGACAACAAAAGGAUAAGAUUCCACAGGGACUAUCUGUCGAACCUGUCUGCUGCUAUAAGGUAAUAACAACUCCCUAGAUUGGUUAUUCAACCUAUUAUCAAUUGGGUUCCUGCCAGGGACGAGAUUUUCACUUAAGGGGGCUGGAUUAAAUUCUCCCGAAAAUCUUUAUAUUAUAUUUUAUAAUAAGCGAUUUAUGACUAAAUUUUCAAGGUCUCAUACCCAAAAUGUUUCAUUUGGCUCAAACACGUGGAAAUAUCUUGAAAUGUCUCAAAUUUCAAUAGCUUAGAGACCGUCCGUGUGGUUUAAACCAAGUUUGCAAGAUAAGAAAUAAAGAACACUACUCCUGCACAACUCGAAAAUCAGCAAAUCAAUCAUUUAUAUCUAUCUUGUCAUUUUCUUUUUCAACAUCUUGGGAGGAGGGAGGAGGGCCCUCACGUAGUUUCGUCCCUGGUUCCUGCUGUUUAUGAAUGCCUGUGCUUCAGAGUUGUUGAAGCCCUUCUGCAUAGACCCUCGAAAUUACAAAUACCACCUAACAGGGGACUUUACAAAUGCAGGCAAGACAACUGCAACGUGCGUGGUUAUUUUGUUUGGGCAUUGCUUGACAACUGGGAAUGGAACUUAGGCUAUAGCGUCAGGUUUGGACUCUACUACGUCGAUUA